AUGGACCUGGUACCAGCGCCUAACGGGGAGACUCUGGUAAAAAUACCCGUAGUUGAUGUGGGUGCCGUUGACGCCGCGGAUCAGGUCGAGGAGACGGUCGCCCUAGAGGAGGUCACAUCUGACUUUGAAACCGACGGCGAUGAUUCAGAUGAUGAUGGGGACGAUGGGGAAAUUAUCAGGUUUCUGCGUGAUGACCAGCUGCAAGAAGUUCCUGAUGCUUGCACUCUGGAAGAGGCGCUUGCGUACCGGAAGCGUCUGCAUGAUAUUGGCAAGUCUGCUUUUGUAGAGGAGACUAUCCUGCGUCAAACUGUGACCGCGAAGAAACUCUGCACAGCUUUCGGUAUCAGACCGCCAGAGUUUUUGGAUGAUGCUCCAGAUAGUGCCUACCAUCCAAUCCUUGCAGUCGCUAUUUCACGGGAGUUCUCAAGGCGACCAAAGCUUACUCAGUACAACACUAUUGAGGACGCAGUCAAUCUGCUUCAAAAGGCCAAAAACAUCAUUGUUCUGACCGGUGCCGGCAUUUCGACCAGUCUUGGUAUCCCUGACUUUCGUUCAAAAGAUACUGGUCUCUACUCCAAACUGGCGCAUCUAGGCUUGAGCGACCCUCAGGAAGUAUUUGAUAUCAGUAUCUUCCAGGAAGAUCCUAGCAUCUUCUUCUCAAUUGCAAAGGAUAUUCUUCCUACCGAGAAGAAAUAUUCGCCAACUCAUGGAUUUAUCAAGCUUCUCCAAGACCAUGGAAAGCUCCUGACCAACUACACGCAAAACAUCGACAACAUCGAGGCAAACGCGGGUGUCCGUCCCGAAAAAAUGGUCCAGUGCCAUGGUUCCUUUGCUAAUGCCACCUGUGUCAAGUGUAAUUUCAAGGUGCCCGGUGAUGCGAUCUUUGAUGAUAUCAGGGAAGGGAAAAUCCCCGAAUGCAAAGCGUGUAUCCAGAGAAUUGAAGAGGAGGGAUUGAAGUCACAAGGACUGAAGCGCAAGCGAAGUUCGAACGGGAACCAGAAAAACCGCAAGGAUGAGGAAAGCUCGGACGACGAUGACUACGAAAUCCCCACUCCUGGCGUCAUGAAGCCUGACAUCACCUUCUUCGGCGAGGACCUACCUGAUGAGUUUGGUCAGCGUCUGAUUCACCAUGAUCGAGAAGUAGCGGACUUGGUCAUCGUCAUCGGAACCUCGCUCAAGGUGGCCCCCGUUGCAGAAGUGCCGGGAGUUCUACCGCGUCAUGUCCCGCAAAUUUACAUCUCACGCACGCCCGUGUCGCACACCGAGUUCGAUAUCGAUCUUUUGGGUGACUGUGAUGUGGUGGUUUCUGAGCUCUGUCGUCGAGCCGGCUGGAACUUGCAGCAUCACAUGAUACCUGCGGAUGAGAAGGUGGAGAUUACUCCCGUUGAGGGAUACGAAUCACGACAUUUGUUUAAGGUGGUUGGUGCAUAG